UCUACACCCGCUUCGAUAUUCUGCAAGACAGGAACAACAUAGUGGCUUGACGAGACACCUGACCUCGAUGCUCUGGCGAGAGUCCUUGUCGCGGUGGGCCGGAUCUUCAAAAGCCGAGUGCAAUGCUCUGCGCGCCACAGAUUCAUUGGAAUCAAAGCAUUUGAUCAGAAGCACGUCUUGCGGCGUCAUGCGAUACUUGUAGUGCCACUGAUGAUCUGGGUUAUGUCGGACGACCCAUUGCUCCCCGUGAAAGUCAUCUUCGACCAUCACGGCGCUGACCAAGUCUCUGUCCGGUACUGAUCCUGCAUCUGCCACUCCGAUGGGGUCUUUGAGAAUCGUUUCGAUGGGUCGCCAUACGUUUAUGAUCUGAUACCUUCUCUUCACUAUUUCAUCUGCCUCCUCGGGAAACUCCCACCUCAUCCUCAGUUCUCCUCCACGAUACGAUUGGUCGACGUGCGUUUUCGUUACCGGGCCGCGGUUCGCGAGGUUCUUUAAGCCAAGAUGAUGCCAUUGUGUAGGUCCUCUGCGCACUUUGUGAUUGAAGAUGCGGACGCGGGAAGCUCCAGUGGCAUUUUUCAAGAGGUCUUCGCAUUCCUUGUAGUAGGCUGUGCGAAUUGCUUGGUCGUCGGUGAAAAGUUUCUCCUGACUUUGGUGUACAUAGUAUUGAAAUCCGUGUCUAUCCAGAGUAUAAGUGUCUUCUGCGCCAGUGAUGUCGUUGACUAA